AGAAACAUUAUCUGAACUUUCACUGGUCAAUGUUGGCGAUUCAGUAGUGCUCGAGACCUUAUAGUAGUGACUUAAGACGAUCUAUUUACACACGUGCCAAUUUUUUCGCCACAAAUGGAUUUACACGAAAAUUUUUAAGACGCUUUGGAAUGAAUGAUUAAAGCAAUGGCCCUGAAGCUGUCCCCUGCGUCGCACCAAUAAUGGCCAUCAUCUUACCCACUGUUUUGGCAUCGAUCAAAGCCGGCGUCGGAAUCAUCGGUGCCGGAAAAAUCGCCAUAUUGCCAUUCCUCCUCGCUGCUUUAGCUUACUUCCAUUAUGACCAAUUCGAUCCCGAAAAUAGGCCAGUUGAUCGAAAAGUUGUAGAUAAAGAGUAUGAUUUCGUCGUGGUCGGGGGCGGCUCUGCCGGAUCAGUUAUUGCCAACCGAUUAACGGAAAUCCCCAGCUGGAAGGUCCUCCUCCUGGAAGCUGGAGGACACGAAACGGAAAUUUCCGAUGUACCGGUACUCAGUCUCUAUUUACAUAAAAGUAAACUCGACUGGGGCUACAAGACUGAGCCACAAACUGAAGCUUGUAAAGCAAUGAUAGAAAAUAGAUCGUCUUGGACUCGUGGUAAAGUCCUGGGAGGGUCAAGUGUCCUCAAUACCAUGCUCUACAUCCGUGGUAACCGGCGAGAUUUCGACCAUUGGGUCCAUCAAGGCAACCCAGGAUGGUCCUACGAGGAAAUCCUCCCCUACUUCCUCAAAUCCGAAGACCAGAGAAACCCAUAUUUGGCCCGGAACAAGUACCACUCCACUGGUGGGUACCAAACGGUUCAGGACAGCCCAUACUCCACUCCCUUGGGGGUGGCGUUCCUCCAAGCUGGUCAGGAGAUGGGGUACGACAUCCGGGACGUCAAUGGUGAAAAACAAACCGGUUUCGCCUUUUUCCAAUUCACCAUGAGACGUGGUACUAGAUGUAGUACCUCCAAGGCGUUCCUCCGCCCCAUCAGACUCCGGAAAAACCUCCACAUCUCCCUAUGGUCACACGUGACCAAAGUUUUGAUCGAUCCAGAGUCACGACGAGCUUACGGCGUCGAAUUUAUCAAAAAUGGGAAAAAACAAAUCGUUCUGGCACGAAAGGAAGUGAUUUUAUCGGCUGGUGCCAUCAACUCGCCCCAAUUAUUAAUGUUAAGUGGGGUGGGCCCAGCCGAACACCUUCAGGAGAAGGGGAUUCGAGUCAUCCAUGACUCACCAGGAGUCGGCCAAAACCUCCAAGACCACAUCGCAGUCGGCGGUUUAACCUUCCUGAUUGACCCCCCAAUUAGUUUGCUUGUAAACCGCUUAGUUAAUCUAAACACCGCCCUCCGCUACGCCAUAAAAGAGGACGGCCCUCUAACCUCCAGUAUCGGAUUGGAGGCCGUAGGCUUCAUCCCCACCAAAUACACGAAUCAGAGCGACGAUUGGCCAGACAUCGAAUUCAUGAUCACGAGUACCUCCACCCCCGCGGAUGGCGGUACCCAAGUUAAACACGCCCACGGCCUUACCGACGAAUUCUACAACGAGUACUUUUCCGAAAUCAAUUACAAAGACACUUUUGCCGUGUUUCCUAUGUUGCUCCGCCCCAAAAGCCGCGGCGAGAUCAAGCUCCGGUCGAAGAACCCCCUCGAUUACCCCCUCCUCCAACCCAACUACCUCACCGACUUGCACGACGUCUGGGUGAUGAGAGAGGGGGCGAAAGCCGCCGUUGCAUUCGCCCAAACCGAAUCGAUGAAGCGAUUCGGGACGCGCUUCUACUCCAAGCCCCUCCCCAAUUGCAAGCACCUCCCACUUUUCACCGACGAGUACUGGGAUUGUGCGGUUAGGCAAUACACCCUCUCGAUUUAUCACUACUCAUGCACGGCCAAAAUGGGGCCUGCGGAGGACCCCUAUGCCGUCGUUGACCCCGAAUUGAGGGUGUAUGGGGUCGCGGGGUUGAGGGUGAUCGACGCGUCCAUCAUGCCGACCAUCACCAAUGGCAACCUCAACGCCCCCACGAUUAUGGUGGGGGAAAAGGGGGCCGAUUUGGUGAAGUACUAUUGGCUGCAACCCUCAACGAGGAGGAGGAGGGACUUAAGGGCGGUUUACAACGUGAGGUUAGGGGCGACGUGUCCCAACAUCACGAGUAUUUAGUCAUUUCAUUGCUCACUAGGUUUAUUAAAUAAAUUAUACUAUUUUUCUAAUAAAUGUUUGUUUGGAAA